AUGCCUCCGAAAACGGCCAUCUCUAAGAAGAUGGCUGUUGGCAAGGCGUCGAAGAACAUCGUCAAGGGUGCUGCUGCUGAUGGAGGUAGAAAGGCGCGCAAAGUUCGUCGCUCGGAAAACUACCACCGGUACAUCCUGUUGGUGCUGAAGCAGGUCCACCCGGACACGCGCAUCUCGAAGAAGUCUAUGAGCAUCAUGAACAGCUUCGUGAACGACAUCUUCGAGCGGAUUGCGGCGGAAGCUUCUCGGCUGGCCCAUUACAACAAGCGGAUGACGAUUUCGUCGCGGGAGAUUCAAACGGCCGUCCGUUUGCUGCUGCCGGGAGAGCUAGCCAAGCACGCCGUGUCCGAGGGAACCAAGGCAGUCACCAAGUUUACCAGCUCCAAGUAGAGG